GAUAUAGAUAAAAUUUCUGAAGAACGUAUAACAAUCCUUCAUCAUCAUAAAUCUAAUCAUAGUUUUGUUGUGAUACAUCAAAUUGAAAAUGUUUUAAAUAUACUUAAAUAAUAAACAAAGUUAAGAAUAUUAAAAUUCGAUAUAUUUAAAGAAAAGGCAAUAUGGAAAAAAUGUUGCAUAAAAAGUUACCACAGUUCAUCUUAUAAAAAUGGUUCCUCUGCACCUUACGUUAAUAUAAUCUCUAACAAAGCAACGAAGCAAUGAUAUGUUAAAGUAAUUUUCAAUAAAAUAUAUUUUUAACUGAAUAUAAAAAAGAUAAAAUCCUUAAAAAACAUACUUUAUCAAUAAUAUGAACAUAAUGGUGUUGAACUUUAAAAAAGAAAAUAACAAUUUUAGCAUUACGGUAUACAAAAUAAAAUUGAAUUAACAAAGUGUAAAUCUGUGGAACAUAUAUAAUAUGCAAGUUGCAACAUUAUUUAGAGAAGAAGCUACACUUGACAAUAUUUAUACCACUUCUAUAACCGAACCAGAACAGUUCUUAACUGUUAGCGCAGAUGUAACGCCAAACCAAGUAUCACUAUUAUCAAUAAAAAGUAUGAGUGGCGAUGGUAUUGACAUUAAAAAUCCAACUUCUUCGGAGUUAUCUACGAAUUCUGAUAUAGAUAUCGGUAGUAAUAUUAAAACAAAUAUUGUGGUAAUGUCGGAUAAAGCAGUAAAUAGUCCUGAUGAUCGAAAACGUAAAAGUAAUUUCAGUGAAAAUGAAGAUUUAUUUACAAAUGCUAAAAUGAUUAAGCAAAAACAACAUCAGUCAAAUAUUACCGCAGAUCAUGAAAAGAAAACAUCCAACGAAAAAGAAUCUUUUGAACAAGGUCCUUUAAUUCAAAAUAUAGAAUUGGAGGCAACUAAUUCAUCAAAUAAUGAAUUUAACUGUAAUUUGAAAACAAAAACAUAUACUAAGGAUAAAACCAUACCAUCAUAUGAAACAAAUGAGAAACAUAAUACUGAUGAUAAAAAAAAAGGUGUUGAUAAUAGACCAAAUGUUGAUCCUUCAAACUCAAACAACGAGAUUCCGUAUACAAUUAAUACCUCAGGUGAUACUGUUUUAACUCCUGAUAAGUAUUUGCCGGAUAAUGAAUACAUGUAUACCGAUUUAAUCAAAACUCACUCAAUGCAUACUACAGGUAACAAAGUUCCUUUAUUAUUUGUGGAUACUACAACUCAAAGUACCUACAACGAAAAUUCAGUAGUUGGUGCAACUAAAGAAGAUAGUAAUACUACAAUGGACAAAAAAUCGGAGUCUGAAAUUGUCAACAAUUUGGAAUAUUGCCAGGUUAAAAAUGUUCCUCAAGAACAAAAAAAAAUCGCAGCAGAGGCAUCAUUUUAUAGUAAUAACAAUACUAGUAAUACUAAUAGCAAACAGAAUAGUAAUGAUAAUGACAGUGUCCAUAAUAUUACUACAAAAUAUACGAGUAGUUAUGAUAUUAGAAAUUUGGUUGAAUCUAGUAGUAUUCAACCUAAAAAUAAAAAUACUAUAAAUAACUGUUUGAAUGAAAAUUCUACUGAUUUGGAUGACAAUAAAGAUGGUGCGAAAAAUGAAUCUACAAGAACUGAGUUCUUUUUGUAUACUAAUUCUCAUGGUUGUGUAAAAAACCAUAACAUAAACAAUUCAUAUAAUUUAAAAAAAGAACAUGAUGAUGACAAUAUUAAAAUUAACCAUGAAAACAUUAACAAUUCAGACAAUAAUGUUUUGUUAACAGAAUUGGUAAAAUCAACAGAAAAAAACCCAAACACAAAUUCAAUAACAUUUCACUCAGACAAAGAAUUAUUUAUAAAUAAUUAUGGGUGUAUUAAAGAUGAUGAAUACUUAAAAAAUAAUCGUUGGUCCAGCAAUGCGAUAAAUUAUCAUAAAAGGCUAAAUCAAAACAAUCAAAACCUUAUUGAAGAAACCAAUAUAAAUCAAAAAAAAUAUUUUACAGAAGAAGAAAAAAGUAAACCGCAUAAUGAAAGUUUAGCUAAUUCACCUAAUUUGCAUUCAUAUCAAGUGUCGGAAAAUAUUCAAGAACUUAGGUUGGAUUCCGAUUCAAGCAUUGUUACGCAAAGCAAUGAGAAAAAUGAGAAUGGUAAUUUCAAAGUUGAGGAUUCAAGUACAUUGCAUAAUAUCAGAAAUGAAAGAUUAUAUAGUCAAAUCGAAUUACAACAAUAUAAUCAACAGAACCAUCAUAUUGUUCAUCCAAAUCAUAACAGAAAUAACUUACAAUUACAACACCAAAAUGAUUUAGAAAAUUUUGACCAAUCAGAGUUGUACCACCAACAUCAACGGGAAAGUGCACAAGUCAUUUUCAGUCCGCAACCAAUUUCUUUGCAUCAUCAAAUGCAAUCCCAAAUAGAACAACUUCGACAUAAUACAGAACAGAAUUCGCAAAAUGAUCAACGUGAUCAACUACAAAUGGCUAAUAGUCAUUCUAAUCUUAUGUCCUAUUUACAACAUGACGAAUUAAAUAAUAAUCUAAGAGUACAGUCGCAACAUCAGCAAUUACAUGAACAUUAUCAACAGAAUCACCACCAACAGCAAAACAUUUAUCUUCAAGAACAUGGACAAUCUAACUUAUUAAUGACAUCACUCCAACAACAAGGUAUUGAACAUAAUUUGCUUACGUCUAAGCAAAAAAGUACUUUAGCAACUAUGGAUGAUUUAAUCUUGGAUGAGUUUCAUGAUGAACGCAAUGCCCCAUAUAAGCUGGGUCUAUCACCUACUACUACAAAACAAGAGAAUCAGGAUGACGGUUACGAAACUAGCGCAGGGGACGUUUUAACACCCAACAGUUCAUCAACGCAUUCAGUAACACCGCUACACCAGAUUCAACACACAGGUGGUUUAAUUCAACCAAAAUGCGACGAACGAUCACAGCAAAUGAAUAUGUUAAAUAAUGGUCAAAAACAAUUAAAUAUGCAAAUGAAUAAAAAUCAUAGCAUUGAUAUUUCUGCCAAUAUUACAAAACUUAGCGAUGCACAUAGUGAUCCAUUUAGUUUUAUGACAGAUACGCUUGUUGCUGGAAAUGAAAUUCGAAUAAUGACCCCUAAUUCUACAACUGCAAGCCACGAGUCUCGUAGUAAUUAUUUAAAUAUGAAUGACAGGCAGAAUGAGAAUUUAUUUGCUCUACAAUCACGUUCUCAACAGCAUGAAAUGAUUAAUGACCCAGCUCCCCUACAUGUUGACCAACAUCAAGAAUACCAUCAGCAACUAAAUUUUAUUGAUAAUAAUGAUACAGUAAAACAACAAAAACGGCGUGGGCGAAAAAAAAAGAAUUUAGAUGUAGAUGGUCUACCUUUGAAUUCCAUACCAAAUAGUUUAUUUAAUAGUGUAAAGCCUGGCAUUUUGAGUUCAGCUGACGAUCCAGAAAAUAAUAAUGGAGCUUUACUUAAAACCAAAGAACGCAAAAAGCAUGACCGUUUUAAUGGAAUGUCGGAAGAAGAUGUUAUAAAACGAACUUUACCUGAUCAUUUGUGUGACAAUCUUGAUAUAGUUAUAAUUGGCAUAAAUCCUGGUUUGUUUGCAGCAUAUAAAGGCCAUCAUUACGCUGGGCCAGGUAAUCAUUUCUGGAAAUGUUUAUAUUUAUCGGGAUUAACAGAAGAACAAAUGAGUGCAGACGAAGAUUACAAGCUUAUAGAAUGUGGUAUAGGUUUUACUAAUAUGGUUCAACGUGCUACAAAAGGAUCUGCUGAUUUGACGCGGAAAGAAAUAAAAGAAGGCAGUAAAAUUCUAUUAGAUAAACUACAAAAAUUUCGACCAAAAAUUGCUGUAUUUAAUGGAAAAUUAAUCUUUGAAGUAUUCUCUGGUAAAAAAGAAUUUCACUUCGGUCGACAGCCAGAAUGUGUAGAUGGGACAAAUACGUAUAUAUGGGUUAUGCCAUCAUCUUCAGCUCGUUGUGCACAAUUACCACGUGCAGCUGACAAAGUUCCAUUUUAUGCAGCACUUAAAAAGUUUCGUGACUAUUUAAAUGGAGUAAUACCUCAUAUUGAAGAGUCAGAGUGUAUUUUUACAGAACAAAGUAUACGGCAAUGUUGUGAACAAGAAAAUGUUAGUAAAAAUUUAAUAGUAUCCAAUUGCAACAGAGAAGAACACGUUAAUAUAAUGUAUACAAAUAAUCCCUCCAAUGCAAAUAUAAUUUCACAGCAUACUGAAGGAGUGGACACAAACCAAAAUAACAUUAGGUAUGAUAAUGCACAUAGUAGUUUCAUAUAUAAUACAACUGGAAGUGUGAAUGGUGCAAGUUCAGCUGAUCGAGAAAGCAGUUGUGGAGAUUCCUCAACAAAUAGAGAAUCUAACAGAGAACUAUCAAGCAAUAAUGAAAUGUAUAUGCGUGACAAUGUCAUGCGAUCAUUUCAAAAUCACUCAAUACCAGAAAAAAAGAAACGUGGACGCCCAAAGAAGAUUAAAACACAAGAAAUUAUUGAUCCAGCAACUGGUAAUAAAAUUUCAAUAAAUAAUAUGCAAGUGGGUAUGGAUUGUAACAAUAUUCUUAAUUUAUCAAUGGUAAGUAAUAACGCUGGAGAAGUGCCUAAAAAGAAACGCGGAAGACCAAAAAAAUUGAAACUAAUACCUAGUGAACCUUCUGCUAUAUUACAAAAAGCAAAUUCAUCACUUUUGCAAACACCUGAGCAACGACAACUUCAACAGCAAUCCCAAAGUAUGUUUCUUGCAGAACCGUCGCCCACAAAUUUUAGUAAUAAAUUAUAUCCAACUCCUUCACCAAUUCAUUCUCCUGCAAUUCAUUCAACAUCAAAAUAUGUAGCUGGAUCAUCUCCAAUUACAAUUCAAAGUAACCAACAAACGCCACCGUUGAGUAAAUUAAUAGGUAAUCGUCAGGAAGAAUCUAAAGAAUUAAUUUCAGUAGAAGCACAUGUUCGUGACACUAAUACUGGUUAUUAUCCAACCCAACUUAUGUCAGCAUCAAAAAUAACAGCAGAAUCAACAUUGCCUUCUGUAGGAGUAAUACCACCAAGUGAGUCCCAAUCGACAAAUUCAACACCUUCGCCCAAUUCAUCAAAUAUUUGCGGUGUAGAUUUUGAAAGAGGUACAAAUAUCAAUAAUAUUGUUGGUAACAAUCAAAAUAUAGAAAUGCAACAAAGGGAUAUUUUAGAGGUACAUCAACGUUUGAGUUAUGAUAAUUCAACAUCAGAACUUCCUCCUGAACAUGCAACAAAUAAUCAUUUUCAAUGGCUACCUUCACAACAAAUUGAUCGAAUUCAUCAUCCGCAUUCUGAUAAUAUUAAUUUAAACUACCGUGAACCGAAUAUUUAUAAUAUGCAAUGCGAACAAUUGGAGCAGCAACACCAAAGUCAAUCUGAGAAUCGAGGACAUAUGUCAACAUGGCAACAACAUCAGCAAUGUUUUGAUAACUCAAAUUAUAUGUUUACAACCCAAGCUUUGCAUCAAACUGAAAAUAACCAUCAACGACAUUCACAAGAAUUAAACAAUUGCAUAUCUAAAACUCAUAAGCAAAUAUCGUCUUCGGAUGUAUCCAGCAAAAGUCUUUCAGGUUUAGAAUCAUUAGUAGACCAAAUACCUACUAUAGCUGAAAGUGAUAACUCUGUCGUCAGUUCAGCAAUGAUAGGUACAAAUCAUACACUGGAGAGUAAUUUACACGUGUUAUCAAACCAACAUAAUCAAAAUAGUCAACAUAGUCGUACAUCUGUUGACUUCGGAACAAGUACAACAAAUGGUGGAAGCAUAACGGACGGUACACCAGAUUCCCUACCUGGAGGAAGUAGUGGAAAUGUAACACCACAUAAUUUGCCAUCGAUAUAUGCAACAAACUCUCCAGGAAGUUUUAGUAUUAAUCGUAUAAAUUCAACGUCUGCAGGUUCAUCACCGCAAUUGUUAUCACCUCAACAGAUACAACAAACAAACCAAAGUCAUUCUUACGAAAUUAUUUCUUCUGUAACACCCAGCACAACGCCAGUUAAUUCAGUUCAUGUUAACAGCCCAACAGCAGAUAGAAUAACAGUAUCUUCAGAAAACUGUACACCUCCCACAACAACCACAGUUAAUGCAAUUACAACCAGAAAUAGUAACAGUAUCAGUAAUAAUCCUCUCUCUAAUAUCCAUAAUAACAGUUUUUCAGUGAGUAAUCUCGCAGCAUCUUCGGUCAGAUCGAAUGCUCAUAACGAAAAUUAUGCUUCUAGUGCAGCAAAUAACACAAGCACAUAUCAUCAUCAUUCAAGUUUUCACACUCCAGUGUAUUUGGAUCAUACACAUGCACAUCAACGUUAUGAAAACGCUGGUAGUCAUUAUCUAUUUACCGCACAAAACUUACAUCAUCCACAUCAUCACCAUCCUGCCUAUGGCACUACUUACGAUAAUACGUAUAGAAACACAGCAAGUCAAGCACUUCAUAUACCUAGUCCCAAUUAUCCAUACAGUUAUGGAGCACCUACUCCAACAGCCACAAACUAUGCAACUGCAAUACAUGCACACCAUCAGCCAACACCUACACCUCAACCACCGACACCUCCAUCCAGUGCCGUGUCUGCUUUAACAGCAGCGGCAAUUACAUAUCCACAUCAUUCGCACCUCAGUAUGUACGAACGUUUAAAACCUUCCGACUUAGGCGGUUAUGGGGGUUUCUGAUGGUAAAUGUUUGACGAAUUGUUACUUAACAUUGGGUACUUGAAUUAGAAUAGUAAUAUAAAUACCAACACAUAAAUAUUUGUGCAUAUAAAUCUUGAUAUUUAUUUUUUGUAUAUACAUAUUACCAAGUAAAUUAUGUAAAUAUUUUCUGUAUUGAAAUCAAUAUACACUACUUGUUCUUCUUAAGCUACCAAAGACUUGAACUUCGUUUGACUUUUUAAGUAUUUAAACUUUUUCUUAAACUGGAAUCU